AUUACAGUACAUCUUGACGACUCACUCCUCUUUUGUCAUGACGACUCCUUAAAACCACAAGCCAAGAACCCAAAGACUAGAACAAGAGAAAAGCGAUACCCCGAUUUUUUUUUCUUCUUUAUCUUUCAAUACCACCCUUUCUUUCUUUCUUUCUUUCAUUUCCACAAGAAAAAAACAAGCUAAAAGAACCACGCUCACAAUGUCAAAUUCAACAGCAGGAGCUCGCCUGCGUAAUAGGCAUGAAACAAAAGCAUUAGAUCACAUUUCAGGAAGCAAGUCCACAGAGACAACCAGUACAUUAACGGCUACAGAAACAGAUAUUAAGCAAACCAUCAGACACAGGAGUCAUGCCACCACAAAUGAUCAUAGCAAUGGAAAUGGAAAUGGAAAUGGAAAUGGAAAUGGAAAUGGAAAUGGAAACGGGCAUGGACAAUCAUCCAAACUUAAUGGAAUCUUAACAGACAAGAGAACUACAGCAUACGAGCGCGAUAAUGACCAGGACAGUAGUGGCAGCGAAACAAAUGAAGAGACCAAUAUUUCUCUACAAGAUUGGCCAUACUGUCCAUCUUUUUCGGUUGCAUUCAAGGUAUUGUUUCUUGUACGUGCCUUGGCAGCGACUUAUUCCAACAUCUCGGACUGCGAUGAAGUGUUCAAUUUCUGGGAACCAAUGCACUAUCUUCAAUAUGGAUCAGGAUUGGAGACAUGGGAGUAUUCACCCGUCUAUGCUAUCAGAAGUUGGGCUUACAUUCUGGCCAAUGCUUUGCCUGCAGAGAUCGCUCGUCUUGCUUUGAGUGCCAACCGUCUUCAAGUAUUUUUUAUUUUGAGGAUCAUCUUGGGGGCACUAUCAGCACAUUGUGAAGCAACACUUUACAGAGCAGUGGUGGAGGAAGUGGAUCCCAGGAUAGGGCGGUAUCUUUUCUUGGCCCUUAUCAGUAGCGCAGGAACAUGGAUUGCCUCCAACGCAUUCUUACCGUCAUCGUUUGCCAUGUAUACCACCAUGCUCUUCUUCAGCCAGAUGCUUCAGUCCCCAGGCCAGCAUUCAUCAAAGAGAACAUUUUGGGCCAUCUUUUGGGUUGGGUUAGGUGCACUUCUUGGUUGGCCUUUUUCUGCUGCUGUGGGUCUACCGUUUGCACUCGAGGAAUUGCUAAUUCAUAGCAGGGAUCAUAGUAAAAAGAAAACAGUCAGGUUCAGGGAUUGGCGCGUGAUGCGGCUGGUCCGUCUCACGACAUUUGCAAUCAUAGUGCUGGGAUGUGUAUUGAUCCCGAUUAUGAUCAUUGAUCAUUACUAUUACAAGAAAUUGGUUAUUGUCCCACUCAACAUUGUUCUCUACAAUGUGUUUGGAGGUGAAAAUGUUGGACCUGACAUUUUCGGUACAGAGCCCUGGUGGUUUUACAUCUUGAAUGGUCUCUUAAACUUUAAUAUACUCUUUGUUGCGGCCCUUGCCUCCUUCCCAAUGUUGAUCUUUGCGUAUUUUACCAUCCCACACGUGCUUCCAAACCCAGCUACUAGUUUGAGGAUUAAGAAUCCACUUCUUUGGUUCACACUCAAGAUUUCGCCUUUCUACCUUUGGUUUGCCAUAUUCACAGCCCAACCUCAUAAAGAAGAGCGCUUCCUUUUCGUCGUAUACCCAUUGAUCUGUUUCAAUGGUGUCUUGACCUUGUAUCUGGGCCAAAAGAUUGUACAAUGUAUACUCGAUCGAUUUGUCACGCGAACCAAGACGGCAGCAAUACACAAGUAUUCUACUGGUUUAGUUUGGGUCAUUCUGAUUGCAUCAGCACUCAUCUCAAUGUCCAGGAUCGUUGCCCUGUAUGACCAUUAUAAUGCACCUAUUGAAGUUUACAGGAAAGCAUUUGAUCUUGUCAAAGUUCCAGAAUCAAUCAGUGGUGUUGUUAGUAUUGAAGGAACUGCUGCUGACCCAUUAGUUCUGACGGAUAAAUCCACCGGAUCAGGAGAGAAAAAACAAAAGGAAAAAGUGGAAACGAUUCGAGUUUGUGUUGGAAAGGAAUGGUACCGGUUUCCUUCACAUUAUUUCCUACCUGAAGGUGCAAAGCUUGGGUUCCUCAAGAGUCAUUUUGAUGGACUGUUACCGGGAGAAUUCAUAGAGAUGAACGCCAGUAGUCGUACGGAACAUUUGGGAGAAGAAAAAGAAGGAUUUGCAACUUUGCUUAAAAAGCCCUCUGCCACAGAUGGUAAGGAGCAUCAACCUAUGCGACUUGACUGGCGGUGGAGUGCAGAAAGACGACCAGGAACUUCACAUACUCCUAAGCUAAUGAACAACGAAAACAAGGAGGUUCAUGAGCAUUAUAUCUCCUUGGAUCAAUGUGAUUACUUGGUAGAUUUGGAUUAUAGUGGCCGUUAUACUGAAAGCGGCGGAGAAGAAGGAGAAGAUCCGAUUGAGCGACGAUACCUGAAGGAUAAAGAUCAUUGGGAAAGACUAUAUUGCAAAAGAUUUUUGGAUACACAGGUUGGAGCGGGUCGUAAUCGAUGGGUGCGAGCGUUCUGGAUGCCCGACAAAAUCACACUUGCUUUGACAAGAGGACAGCCAAAGGUUUGGGGCGAUUACUGUCUAGCACGACGUAAACCCACCACUGCAACUGCUUGA